AAAGAGUUGGAGGAUCGUCGGGGACAGGGGAUGUCCAGGACGCUUUGACGAGACGUUCAUGUAUGAAUGGGCCCAAGCAUUUGUGGCCCAAGCAGCUUUGAGCAGUGACAGCUUUCGCACGCGCAGCCGUUGUUUUACUUCAUGGAUGAUGCAAGAGUUGCCGAGAUUGAGAAGCACUUUGUGCGAGGUAGCACGCAUCACCGUACCUGGCGAAAUGGAGAUUGGGUGAUCGUCUCCGAGGUCCACGGGCCCGGUGAGGACGAUCACUUCUCCUAUGGUCUUUUCCAUGUUCCGACCUGGCAGGGCGGACCGGCCUUGCUGACGGCUCAUUGGACCGACUUGAGCCAUGUGGGAUGCAAAGGGCCCGGCCAAGCGCUCCGCUUCGGCGACAACGACACGGUGCUGAAGGUCGAUGGGAAUGAUUGGAAUGAUGUUCUGGAAACCACGAAGCUCGAGUCCUUGAAUCCAACGGCGAGAGCAGGGUGUUCAGGAUGCGUACUUAGCUAAGUAGCGACUUUGGGCGUUUUUAGAGUGAGAGCCCGGCUGGAUGUGCCUCAAAUGGGGAGUGCAC